AUGUCGCUAAAGCUUAACGAGAAGUUCUGGUGCACAUACUUCCCGACGACACUCGAUGGCAACGCUGGCACGUGGUUCAAAACGUUACAACCGGGCAGCAUUUCAAACUUUGCUCAAAUCAAGUACCUUUUCCUCACCAACUUCAUGCAGUUACGCAAAUACAAGGGGGACUCUCAUUCCAUUAUAGGCUGUAAACAAAGAGAGGGGGAAACUGUGCGAGAAUACUUUACAAGAUUCACAAAUGCCACGUUGGAUGUACCAGGGCAUGACGAAGGCCUUAUAUUCGUUGCCUUCACAUGGGGACUCAUUCCAGGCCCUUUGUCACAAAAACUCAUGGGAAAGAAGCCCUUAACAUGA